CUCACCGCACCGGGCGCAGACUUCCUCUCGGUCAGCAGCAGCUGCGAUUGCAACACAAGUUGCAGCCAAGUCACAAACCAUGUUGUCACACGGGCUCCCGGGGAGGAAAAUGCCUGCAGGGAUGGACUGCUCAGCAUGCUAAACCUCGAAGACUGACUGAGGCAUACGAUGAGAACAGGAGCCCCACCGCAAUGAACAGGGAAAGGGAGUUCUGAAUGUCAAGAGAACAUCUCUGCUGUUGGGUUGAAAGAAAAAACUCCAGGAGAAAAUGCAACCCAAGGAAGAACCAGAGCCAUCCAGUUAGCUACACGACCGUCGGCACCACAGUAUCUGCGCUGCAUGUUGUCAACCUCUCCUCCCGGUCAGCAGAGCAGCCUGGGCCCAUCAGCUGCACUUUGACUAUUGCAUCAUUGACUUUUCUAUAGCCACCCCUUACCAACCUUCCAGCCAUCUCUCCCCAUCCCCUCCACCGGCUCCCUAGCAGCUGCCCGGCCUACCAGAGAGAACCCAGCCACAGAAGAAUUACAUCCACAUGCUGACGGGUGUCACCAUGAAAGACCCUGCAAAGCGCGUGGCCCAGAAGCCGCAUACGUGCCUGGAGUGCGGGAAAUCCUUCAGCAAGAAGGGAAAUCUGAAGAGACACCAGAGGAUCCACACAGCAGAGGAGCUCUACCCCUGCAGUGAGUGCGGGAGGCGCUUCACCACGAGGGGACACCUGACCACCCACCAGAGCAUCCACACCGGAGAGAGGCCCUUCCAGUGCGACGAGUGCGGACGGUGCUUCCGGCUGGAGAUAUGCCUGGCUGCCCACCGGAAGACACACACCAAAGGCGGUCCGUAUAUCUGUGUCCACUGUGGGAAGAGUCUGAGCACACGCAUCUACUUCAGCAUCCACAUGAGAACCCACAAGGAAAAGCGGCCGUACGCCUGCACCGAGUGUGGGAAGAGCUUUGUGAAGAAGGGGACGCUGACGGCACACAAGGAGAUACACAAACGGGAUAAGCCUUUCAAGUGCUCCGACUGCAGCCGGUGCUUUGGCCAGAGUGCAACGCUGGUGGCUCACCAGAAAAUCCACCUCCGCGGCGGGCCGUUCAUAUGCACCGAGUGCGGGAAAAGCUUGAGCACCAAGAGGUAUUUUAAUGUCCACCAGAGGAACCACGCAAAGCAGAGGCUACAGGAAGCCACUGGCCAUGUAAAUGGCAUGCCUCUCCGGGUCAUCCAGAUUAAAGAGGAACCGGACGUGGCCUUCAAACAAGAGGAUAGUUUUAGCUUGGGGAAGAACGUUACAGUACCAGGAGCUCACUCAGAGGACGGACCCCAGGAAGGUACUGACUGUGGAACGCAGUCCAGCCCAAAGAUCCUUGUUGGCGCUCCGUGGGGAAUCCAGACUAAGGAGGAACCAGACACAUACCCCGAACACGAGAGAGACAACAUUACAGUAGCGCACCAGAACUCUUACAUCAAGGAAGAACCACAGACCAACCCCGACUAUGACAACCAAUUCAAUCCAAAGAUGCCUCUCUUUCCUCCAUGGGGAAUCCAGGCUACAAAGGAAGCUGGGGUGGACAACGAACAUCAGAGGGAUGUCACUAUGAUCGGCAAUCUUGCGGCACGCCAGAAACCCCGCAUCAAGGAAGAACCACAGGAGAGCGCAGACCAUGGAAGCAACUUCAGUCAAAAGACAUCUCUUGGCAUCAUCCAGAGGAUCCAGAUUAAAGAGGGAGCCGGGGUGGAUGGCGAACAUGGGGAAAGCUGCAGCCCAAAGAAAAAACAUAGAAAACGCCAGAGAACCAGCAAAGAGGGGACUCCUGGUGCAUGUACCGAGAGCCGGGCAAACACAAAAUGCAAGAAAAAUCCCUUGACGAAGAACAGUCCCAAAGCGGAGAGGAUAUUUCCGUGUCCCGAGUGUGGGAAAAACUUCAACCAGAAGUCGAAUCUUACUAGGCACCGGAAGAUCCACACCAGCGAGGGGCCUUAUAAGUGCAACGAGUGCGGGGAGAGUUUCCGGAUGAACAGGAAGCUUAUCAGGCAUCAGAGAAUCCACAUGAGCGAGCCCUUUAAAUGCACCGAGUGUGGGAAAAGCUUCACCCAGAGGUCGAACCUCGUGAGGCACCAGCGGAUCCACACCAGGGAGGAGCCGUACAAAUGUCCCGAAUGCGAGAAGACCUUCAAUCAGAAGGCCAACCUCUUCAGGCACCAGACGAUCCACAUCAGGAUGGGACCGUGCAAAUGCACCAAGUGUGGGAAAUGCUUCACUCAGAAGAAAAACCUCAUUAGACACCAGACGCUGCACUCCAGGGGCGGGGCUUAUAAAUGCACGGUGUGUGGGAAACGGUACAGGCUGAAGAAAUAUCUGAGAAGGCACCAGAAAAUCCACAUGAGGGAGGGACCCACCGGGCGUGCAAAGCGGGGGGAAAAGCUGGGGGCACCAGGGAGCGUUAGCAACCACCCUCAGAUGCACCCAGAACGAAAAGCACUCCCGGCUGUGAAGAGUGAGGAGAGCUUAACAUGUGAGGGCAACCUCUAGCCACAGAGCAAAGCCCACAAAGGAAGGUGAUAAGCCUGGACCAAAUUCUGCAGUCAUUACUGGAGCAAAACUCCUUCUGUAAACAGAAGGAGGCAAGGUGGCUGGGAUUCAGGAGACCUGUGUCCAGUCCCUGGCUCUGUCACUGGUUUUCUGGGUGACCUUUGGCAAUUCAGUUUCCCUCCCCAGGCCUCAGUUUCCCCAUCUGUAAAAUGGUGUUAAGGAUACUGACUUCCUUGGUAAAGAGUGAGAUAUUAUUAA